AUGUCAAACGUUGAAAAACAGACAGACGAGAUUCUCGUGCUACAGUCGAUAUUUGACAAAAAAUUUCGUCCGGGCGACAAUAAUCAGUACGAAAUAUUGGUCGAAUUUGAUCUUUCACCUCAGUUUACGAUUCAACUCGACACUGAAACAGCUCCCAUUCAAUACUUGCCACCACUAUCUCUAACCAUUAAUAAUCACGACGAAUAUCCAAGCGAUUAUCCACCGUCUUUUGUUCUCUCGUGUUUCUACUUUUCAAAAUCUGACUUACGAAAACUCUGUCAAAAGCUCGAAAAUUAUCCGUGGAUAAAGGGAGAGGUGUGUGUCUAUGAAUGGAUCGAGUGUAUCAAAGAUCAGAUAAGCGAUGAGCUCGUUCUCUGUACGACGGCUGCCGCUGACGAUGGUGAACAAGAGAAUGAUCCGAGAGCAAUGAGCGCAUACUCACAUGAGCAUGCUGCACAAAUAUUCCGACACUUGAUCGACUACAACCACGAACGUGUAGAUGAACAAUUCCGACAUCAACUACAAACAUGUUUAAUUUGUGCUGAUGAUAUUCCGGGCCUUGACUGCAUUCGUCUCUAUCGAUGUGGUCACUUCUAUUGUCGAGCGUGUCUGAAUAACUACGCCCAAUUGGCUCUUGAAAACGGUCAGUUCGGAGAGAGACUCCGUUGUCCGCAAAAUCAAUGUCAACAACCUCUACUACCCACUGAAAUUAAACAGAUCGUUCUAAAUGAUCAACUACAUGAGAAAUACGAACGGUUAACACUACAACGUGGUCUCGAAUCAAUGAAUGACAUUGUUUGGUGUCCAAGAUGUCAACAGGCAGUUAUUAGUGGUGCUGGGGAUGAUAAUUUGGCCAUGUGUGAUCGGUGUUAUUACGCAUUUUGUAAGAAAUGCAACGAAACGUUCCACUCCCAGACCAUGUGUCCUAAAGAUUAUCUGAUCGAACAACUGAUGGUCAGAAAACAGAAAGAACUCGACCGACGUCGACUACUACAAGAACCUCCUUUAGUCUCGACUAUAAACGGAAAACAAGCCAAGGCAGUUGCUCCUGCACUUUCUGUUGCCAAACGAAGACAAGGAUACCGUGAGAUAGCGCUCACACAAGCCGAAGAAGAUUUGCUAUUGCAAGAAAUAUUGACGGCUGAACGAAUGGAUUUGCUUAAUACUCAGUCGUGUCCCGGGUGCCAUGUGAAAAUCGAAAAAAACGGCGGUUGUUCACAUAUGCAUUGUUCACAAUGUAAUCUCGAUUUUACUUGGAAACUGAUGGCAGAGCCUCGGGUACCCAUCGAUGGUUCAUUUCUAACAAAAUCUGCACACGAAUUUGUCGAAGUGAAAUCUGUCAAAGAAGAACUGCAUAAAGUGGCAAUGAAAGAGAAACCGCCUAAGGAAGAGACGGCACAACAAAGUGAAGAGAUACAAGCUAAUCCGACUGAAGAACAGCAACAGCAGCAAAAGAAAGAAGAAACCAAAAUUGUGAUUAACAAUCGAUCGCCCAUUGGCUCUGCGAUGCUUAGUCGAGUGAGAACAUGUUGCAAUAUAUUUUGUAAGCAGAUCAGUGUGAAAAUGGGUCAAGAUAAUUGGAUUGUGUGUAGUGCAUGUAAGCAGCAAUAUUGCUUUCUAUGUGGAAAACGAGUGAAUGGUCAACGACAUUUUGAUAAAAAAUGUGAACGAAAUACACCGGUUUAA